AUGAAGAGAGAGGGCAGAGGGUCUGUGGACCAGAGUGUAAGGUCAGAUGGGCAGAUAAGUGUGGUGAAAUGGUUUGACAACAAGCCAGUACUGCUCAUAUCAAGUAAAGAGGGCGCUGAACCCAUUGAAACAUGCAGAAGAUGGUGUAGGAAAAGAAGAGUUUUCGUUGAGGUGAACAGACCUUUAGUUGUACGACAGUACAACUCACAAAUGGGAGGUGUGGACUUUUUGGACCGCUUAAUAAGCUAUUACCGCAUUUCAGCUAGGACUAGCAAGUGGACGGUAAGACUAAUCAUGCAUUUCUUUGAUUUUGCAAUCGCUGCGGGGUGGAUUGAGUACCGCCGGGAUCAGCGUGCCCUGGGUACACCAAAAAAGGAUAUGCUAGAUUUAAUGGGCUUCAAAAGAGAGUACGCUGAGUUCCUGAUUCACGGACAUGUUGGUGAGGGAACUGAUGACAGUGACCCUGACUAUGUCUGCUCUAUACCCCCUCCAAGGAAGCAACCAAGAGUUGCACAUCCACCAAAUGCACUGCGAACCAAAAAUGUUCUCCACUUACCGGAAAUUCCUACCCCUGCUAAGAAGAACCGCUGUAGAUUCCCAGGAUGUAACUCAAAUGGUGCGAGAGUUCAGUGCGCAACAUGCAAGGUCUACUUGUGUCUACAGGAAAACCGAAAUUGCUUCAAAGCGUACCACGAGCUUUGA